UUAGUGUAAAAAUUUUUAAAAAUUUCAAGCAACACAAACAAACUUUAUCGAUUCAGAUAAAAUGGCAGUUGAAAAGUCCCGCCAAGUGUGACGUCGAUCCGAUUCCAUCAUGGCGAUCUAUGAAUGAUCAGUCGUUCGGUCGUCGGCGGCCGCGAACGACGUCAUGUUCGUAAAUCACAAGGUGUCUGUCGUCCGCGUAGAUCGGCACUAUGUUGAUGUCAUUCGUACUUCCAACUCCGGCGUCGCGAUCGCGAUUGUUCCUCUUCACCGCCGAUCGGUGACACCCGAUAACCUCCGCGAGUGCGCGGCGCGCUAAUUAUUCACGUGAUCGACACCUUCUCGCGCAGUUUCAGCUGUACGGAUGACGUUUGCAACGUCGAAAAAUAUCCGGGCAUCACCAGAGAACACCUCAACAACAACUUUUCUCUCUCAUUUCCGUUAUCGCUUUCGUGCGAUAAGUGUCGCUGCCGUCAAUUCUCUCUGCGAGCGCAUGACAAGGUCGACCAAUACCGGUAGGAGAAAGUGUCGCGCUGCAUACGUUUCCGUCUACAUGAAGAAAUUAAGGCAAUGGAACAUUAAUAGCUUGAUUCUGCAAAAAGUUUCAGAAGGAACGAAAUUAAUCUUCGUAUAAAGAUCAAUUUUCUAGAACACUAAAUUUAACCGAUAAAAACAACUGGAAGUGAAAAGGUUAUAGGAAAGUGACGAAGUAAAUUGUGACUGCACUACGUUUCAUUCAUUUGUAGAUUUUAGUUUGGACAGCUUUUGUAUGAAAUCAAUUUUUUUCUCUUUUUGUAAGUUGAGCUACUACUUUGCACUGCUCCGUUUGAGCGUAACGAGCGCUCCAUUUGAGUGUAGAUAAAAUUAGCGAGAAGC